AUGGCCGGUGAUAUUCGUUUUAAAGGUCAAGGAAUAUUCUCAUACCGUAGGCCGUCUAAGGAUGACCCUGAAGAAUGGCCUCCACGUUUUUGGAAAUUCACGAUUACUCUUGAGGACACCAAUGAUCAUUCUUCCCCCAGAGUAACCAUGGGAUUUACCGACAAACGCAGAUUGGCGAGAGUGCGCCUCGUCAACUCGGCUUUAACGGAUCCACCAAUCUCUGAACUUGGCUUUGAUCCAUUGAAGAACAUGCCGAAAUUGCAAGAUUUCAGCGAAUUGAUCCUGAAACGUCGUUGUCCUGUUAAGGCGUUGCUGUUAGAUCAGUCAUUUUCUGCAGGCGUCGGAAAUUGGAUCGCAGAUGAAGUAUUAUAUCAAUCAAGGAUACACCCUAAUCAGUAUGCAAAUACGCUUAGCAAGGAGCAAAUCAACAUGUUACACGAUAAAUUAGUUUAUGUUUGUCAGACAGCCGUGGAUGUUAACGCGGAAGCGAGUUUAUUUCCAGAUUCUUGGUUGUUCCAUUAUAGGUGGGGUAAAGGAAAUAAAAAUGGUACAUUCAUGCCUAAUGGCGAGCAGAUAAUAUUUGAAACUGUGGGUGGUAGAACUUCGGCUAUUGUGCCGAGUGUUCAAAUACUAGUGCAGGAGAAUGCUGGCAGUUCCAGCACGUCCGGACGUUCGGUUAAAAAGGCGGAACUUCAAAAGAGAAAUGUCACGGCCGGAGAAUUGAUCAGAAAGGUUCGGUCAAAAUAA